CAUCGGGAAACCAAAUUGUGAUAACCGAGGACCGCUUCCAUGGUACAGACCCAUACCGCAAGAUCGCAAUUGAUGCCAAUCGCAUAUAUUAACUAUCUGGCUUCCAACGCAACAACUUCUAAACCUAGUUCGAUUUUGGUUUCACUCAGGCGGGCGGAAAAGCUAUAAGAAGCCGUCACGAUUACAAUUCCCUAAGUCUCUCAAGCAUCUCGUCAUGCUAUCUACCCUCGUUUUACCUCUUUUUGCCUUGUCCGUUGUAAGCGCGAACCCGUUUGCCGCCCAUUCCAACACUGCCGCCCAUUCCAUUGCCGCUCGUUCUAUUGCUGCGCGUUCCACCACACCCAUCGCAGCAGCCUGGUACGCCGGAUGGCACGCCACUGAAGGGUUUCCGCUCUCUUCAAUUAGCUGGGAGAAGUACAACACACUAUACUACUCAUUUGCAGAGACAACUCAGGAUGUCACCAAUCUGAGCUUGGUAGGCUCCGAUGGCGAGUUGCUUCCUCAGUUCGUCUCUGAGGCCCAUGCACAUGGUGUUGAGGCCCAUGUUGCUGUCGGAGGCUGGACUGGGAGUAUUUGGUUCUCUUCCAACCUUGCCACUGCCAAAAAUCGGACGGCAUUUGUCCAGACUGUUGCAAAAUUUGCUUCACAGUACAAUCUCGACGGCAUCCAGUUUGACUGGGAGUACCCAAACCAUCAGGGAAUCGGCUGCAACACCCUUAGCGCGAAUGACACGGCAAACUUCCUCGCAUUCCUCCAAGAGCUUCGCCGAAACCCAGUAGCAGCAAAACUCACCCUCUCGGCUGCCGUGUCUCUCGUACCCUUCAAUGAUGCUACUGGAAAUCCUUCUCCUGAUGUCAGUGGGUUUGCGAAGGUACUCGAUUACAUCGCUGUGAUGAAUUACGACGUCUGGGGCUCUUGGCUCCAGAAUGUGGGGCCCAACUCACCAUUGAACGACACCUGCACUACAUCCGCGCAACAACAGGGUUCUGGUGUUUCUGCAGUCAAGGCUUGGACGAAUGCAGGGAUGCCAGUCAACAAGAUCGUGCUCGGCGUUCCUGCCUAUGGUCACUCGUUCGCCGUCGCCCCCUCUGACGCCUUCGCACCUGGCAAGAAGGAACUAGUUGCAUACCCCUCCUUCAACGCCUCGAACCAGCCCUUGGGCGAUACAUGGGAUAACACUGGUUCUGUUGAUGCCUGUGGCGUUUACGAGGGCCCAGGUGGCAGUUUCGACUUCUGGGGCCUCAUUGACGGCGGUUUCCUUACCAAAGAAGGCAAGGUUGCUGGUGGCAUCUACUACAGAUACGACACCUGCAGUCAGACGCCGUAUGUGUACAAUGAGACCUCACAAAUUAUGGUCUCCUUCGACAAUGUCGAAUCGUAUGCUGCCAAGGGCAAGUAUAUUAAGAACACCGGACUGCGCGGUUUCGCGAUGUGGGAAGCUGGUGGUGAUUAUAACAACAUGCUCCUCGACUCUAUCAUCAAUGCUGCUCGGUGAUAGAUACGUCGCCGUUGUUUAAAGACCGAAACAACCCUACCGGCGAAUCACACUCAUUAGUGUAUCAUUAUAUUCUUUACAUAUUUUAUUGCUAUUAGGCUCGUUGCCAGGAAAAAGGGAUAAAAGAUUCCCUUCAUUCACGGCGCCGCUGUAUCAUUGGCUGCGACGCUUUUAUCCUCUCGUUUUUUUCAACCCUACAAUGUUUAUAUAAGUAACUCGCUUGAUCAUAAAUUAGUCCUUAAGUGAGUACCGAAUCACAUUCUGGAGGCAACUAUU